AUGGAGUUCAUGUUGUUCAUGAGAAGAGUGGCUGCUGUUGUGCUCAUGCUGCUGCUACUGGAGACCAGCAGCAGCCAGGCCAUAUGCAACAUGUCGCAGCAUGGUUUCGACGCGUGUAGGCCGUCGGUGACACCUCCGAACCCACCGCGGCCAUCGGCGGAGUGCUGCAAGGCGUUGGCCGUCGCUGACCUGCAGUGCUUCUGCUCCUACAAGAGCUCACCGCUGCUGCCGGCUCUGGGAAUUGACCCUGCACUGGCCAUGAAGCUGCCUCCCAAGUGUGGCCUCAAGGCACCAGAGAAUUGUUAA